CCACCGACACCGGCAAAACGCCAACUGCAGCCCGAAAAGGAUCAGCAAGUCGACAUGCAGUUGGAGCUGGCAGAGCGAGACGCAAUGAUUUCGACGCUCGAGCGACAAGUGGAAGAGCAGAAACAGCUGCGAGCCCUUGAGAGUCGACAAAUCGAGCAGAAGGCAGCUCGUAUUAAAGAUUGGGUCUCGACAAAACUGGCGGAGCUGGAAGAACAGAACGUCCAUCUGCAGGAGCAGAACGAAAAAUGUAAUCUGCAAUUGGAACAGCUGAAGGCACGACUCGUACAACUAUCGAAAUUGAAUACCCGACCUUCGACAGCGCGGUGCUCGCACCUCUACCUGGAGCUCGAGGAAACUUUCACGGGCGGCGUGGACAACGACGAGGAAAUCGAGAGACUCUCUCGUCAAGUAGAGGCGGUAGCGCAGGAACUAGGAGCCGACUCGGUGACGAUGAAUCCUCUAUAUUCGAUGGAGUCCCCGGUGAAGGUCUCCCAGCCGAGAACUCCAGCCCCACCCGCGGUGAAGAUGGGCCGUAAAAACUACACGGCAUGCGGACCCGACGCGUCCGUGCUCAGUACUUCGGUAUCGGACAUGUCUCAGGACGAUAGAGACGGAUCUCUUCUGAGUUUGGAAGCGCAACUAGCUGCCAGCGAAGCCGCGAUAAGAAAUAAUCAGAAGUACGAGCAGCCACCCUUGAUAAUCCCCUCGCUACCGGUCGUGCCUCCGCCAUAUACGCCUAAAGCCCCACAUUCCGGAUCAUUGGACCGGUCGGCUACGGGUCCGUAUGUCCGUCGUCUUAUCGAGGGCGAAAUAAGAGGUGGCAGCGAAAGAGAGCCUCGGCGGAGACCCUCGGUCGGACACAGAGCUCCGACACCUCCUCUACACAGGUGUCCGAGUUGGGAAUCACGAAUUUACCAGGUGGCUUCAUCCGGUCUGCACGGCUCGUGUAACUCUUUAGCAUCUUCGGCUACCGGGCCGAAGAGUCUCGACAUUCCAAUGUUCACAGCCGUUCACGGCAGAGCCGCCAAAGUCACUAGUGUCACCGGGGGAGAAUCCAGUGACGAAUCGAGCGACGGCGAGACUGCAACGCCAAAAGCCGAUGGAUCUCAUUCUGCUAGGUCCACCAACCCUGGACAAUUCAAGAGAGGUGGGUCUCUUGACAGGAGGGAAAUUCCGCCUAUUUCAGACGAAUCUCUCGAAUCUGUUCUUUCUGAGGACUACGCCAUUCCUCCGGACGCGAUGUCUCCGUCUGUGAGCAUGGAUUCUCUGGAACCAAACACGGACCUCCCUCCACGGGAUCGCGAAGGAUCGACAGCGCAGUCGCCGUCCCGAGGUCAGAAACAGUCCCAUCGAAAGCGAGCGCACCAGAGGAAAGGACCCGCUCAAAUGCUUCUGGAUCAGCUGGAAGCGUAUACGUUACGCCACAGCCCUAGGAAACAAGAAACUCCGACCGUUCAAAUCGAAACCGAAAAGGCUGGGUACCUGAACAAGCUGGGUGGUCCGCUGAAGACCUGGAAGAAACGCUGGUUUGUACUCCGAGAUGGGAGGCUACAUUAUUACAGGCACGAACGAGAUGUCCUCAGAAGGAAAGUCAAGGGUGAGGUGGUCCUAGAUGAGGCCGCUAGACUGCAGAAAAUGAAUGAAGGUGUACCCACGUUUGAAGUCAUCACAGCACGUCGAACCUUUGUGCUCAUGGCCGACUCAAUGACUCUGAUGGAAGAGUGGAUCAGAGCUAUACAGAAUGCGGUUUGCCGUAACGCCCUGAUUCAGCUUCUCAGUGGUCACAGCGGAGGCACAAAGCCCGUCAUCCAGGGAUACUGCUACAAGGUGAAACAUGGUCGUUGUCGGAAGUGCUGGUGUGUGCUCUUCCAAAGGACCCUCAUCUAUUUCCGGAAUCCCGACGACACGAUGCCUUUAGGUCAAAUCAACAUGAGGGAUUGCCGAGUGGAGGAGCUUGAACAUGUCAGCGACAGCGAUGAUGAGGGUGGUGCAGUUCUGUUCAUGGAAGACGACGCAGGCGGAAGGAAGAGAGUGCGCCAGGAAUACUACACGAUAGGAAUUUUUCCCGCUGGCGCAUCAUCUCCUCCUAGCCAUCUGUUGUUCUUCGACAAAUCUGAAUACGACACGUGGGUGUAUCAUCUGACCCUCGUUAGCUCGAGCGAACACAUAAACGGCACUGAAACGGAACAGAUCGUUGCCAAACUUGCGGAACCCCGGGAAACAAACAGCUCGCAGGAUAGCGCGAAUUCGGUUCUGUGGAAAAGUCCGAUUUUGUUAUUUACCCGUGAAAGCCUUUCCACCCCUCUCACGACGAUGUCCUCGCAGUAUCAACAGGCUCAGGCGGUGAAACUUUUUAAAUCGAUCCAACUCUUCAUAUCGGUACCGAUCGACACGCUGGGUAUCGACUACCACGUCGCUCUCGCACAAAACUCAUUCGACAUCUGUUUCGCGGAACCGGCUCUGCGAAAUGAGUUUUUCUACCAAAUCAUAAAGCAGACUUCCCGACACACCCCCAAACACGGGAUGCAGCAAUUCCUCCUAUGUGCCACGCACUCUCUCUUCAUGUGCGACUCGUCUGAUAGAAUCCAGCGAGAGGACUCGAAACUGUCCGACAGCUUGCCGUCCCCAAUGGAAAAAUCGUGCACUCCGAGUAGCGGGAGUGGUGACUCUAAAUUGAACCCGGCGCCCUUCGUUUUCAUCCAGGGAUUCCAACUGCUGUCCAUCGCCGUAUCCCUGUUCCCGCCGAGGUCGAGGAGUCUGUGGUAUUUGCGGCGGCAUUUGCAAAGGGUCGGAGAUCCUAACACAGAAGUUGGCAAAUGGGCAAUGUUUUGUGCCAGAGCCCUGCAGAGAGCCGUCGACCAACCUCCACGCAAGUGCAAACCCUCCAGAAUGGAAGUUAUGUCUCUGCUGCUGAAGAACCCCUACCAUCAUUCACAGCCGCACUCGAUGCCCGUGCACUUCCUCGACGGGAAAUAUCAAGUUGUCGGUUUCGACGGCUCGACCACCGUCGGGGAGUUUGUCAGCACGCUCAACGCGGAAGUGAAUAUCAGACCGAGCGCUGGUUUCGCCUUGAUGUCGGACGAUCCCAUGGAUCCUUCGGAAGAGAUCAGUCUCAGCGAAGGCGAUCAUCUCUGCGACGUCAUCUCUCUCUGGGAGCAGCGACUGCGGGAGAGGCAUCUGGGGAAGUUCGAGCUAAACAGGGUGAUCAAAUUAACCUAUCUGAAUCGGUUAUUCUUCCGGCGGAAUCAGAAAAACGAAACGGAGAAGGAGAGACUGUUCACCGUUUUCUACCACAACAGAGAAAUUGUACAGGGUCGAUUCCCUCUGACCAAAGCCAUGGCUAUCGAGUUUGCCGCUCUCAUGGCCCAAAUCGAGUUCGGAGACCGUGGGAUGCACUCGUUCGACGAAACCAAAUCUAACCCAAAACGGCAGGUUCUCGAUCGGUUCGUUCCGCUCAAGUUCGCCAAAGAAGAGGACACCUGGCCACAAUUGGUCUCGAAAUGGGCCGCACUGAAAGGACGAAGCACCACUGACUGUGUCCGCACAUAUCUGAAUUGUAUCCGUCUCAAUCGCUGGGCGCUGUGUGGCGCAACGCUAUUCCCCGCUCAAUUCGUCACCAGCAACAACCGCUUAAUUUGGAUAGCCGUUAACGAAGACGGAAUUUUCCUGCUGGACUAUUCGUCGAUGCAAAUUGUCACUCGUUACCCAUACUCCCAGAUUUUCACGUUCGGUGGUAGCGAAGGCGAUUUCAUAUUGAUAACAACCGAUGGAAUAUCGACGGUUCAGUCGAAUUUCCAUCUCAACGAAACAAAAACGCUAGAGUUGACUUUGCUCACCGCUGACUACAUCAACAACGCGCAAGACUCGACUCAGAGCCAAGGCACAGCAUCGACAAUGACCGCAGCGCGCUCCGGAAUUGUGACGCCGUCGUCGCCCUUGAUUAGCGGAGACCGACAGCUCAGCAGAAGCGCCAAGAACUCCCCUAUGCACACAAUGAAAGGAGCUUGUACGGCGGAUCUGUCGCAUCUCGGCAACGUAGUCCCGCCAUCGUCACCGGGACCGAGCUGCCACACGACAACGCCGCGGCACCAUCGGGUGGCAGAUUGCGCUUCGUCCCUGACUAAGUCGUCAGCCAGCGAUCGUUCAACUUGGAGAUGA